GCCGGUGUAACACACAAACGUCCCUUUUGUAGUUAGUUUUUUAUUGUAAGUCCACUGGAAAACUUCCAUUUAUUGUUGUCGAUUAUAUUAUUUAAAAUAAUACAGCUUUAUAAAGCUCGUUUUAAUAUAUUUAACUAAAAUGUUAAGAGAAAUCGUGAUAUUUGUGAUUCAUUUUUGGAUUAACAGUUUCGUGUCUGCUAAUUAUACAUUUACAUAUGACAUGGCCUCACGUUGCAAAGAACAUAUAAGCAGACACGGUUACGUCUAUGAGACUUACUACCGCGUCGAUUCCUUUGACCGACGACAUUUGAAGACCGAAGCAGAAUUAAUUUUCGAGAUGCAUCUAGCUAUACUGGCAGGAAGCAACGGACACAUUCUUUUAUCGACUGUACCUCAGCCGUCUAUAACUGAUCCUGUAUAUGAAAUAGUGAUAGGCGGCGGUAGCAACAGGUUUACGGAACUUCGUCGCAAUUUAAGAAGGAAUGCUCGAGCGUCAUCGAAGACAGUCGGUAUCCUCUCAGCGAUCGAGUUCAGACCUUUUUAUAUCAAAAUAUAUAACGAUGGUUUAAUAGAAUUUGGAAAGGAGAAUGAAGUUUUACCAGUGUUGAGUUAUUUUGAUGUCGACCCUCUACCAGUUAAAUACUUCAGUUUCGCUGCGUGGAAUGGAGUUGAGGCUAAAUUCUUAUACGACUGUCCAGCACCGGGUAACAAUGAUACGACAGCAACACCUAAUUCAGAAGCAGUAGAGCGCAAUGAAACAAGCUCGGAUAGUUUGAAGACAUCAUUACUGAUGGGACGAAUGCCCAAUUUACCGCCGACAGAACAAAUGAAUGUGAAACUUGGAAUCAAAGUAACGAGUUUGUUCUACAACGCGUUAGAUGCGAAGUUAAUUACUGGAUUGUCUGUGUUUAUGAGUUGGAUGGACAACAGCAUGGCUUGGAAUCCCAGCAAGUUUAAUGGGACUACAAGCUUGACAUUUCGUCAGGGACAAAUUUGGAGGCCGACUUUCUUCGUUUUCAAUUCUGAUAAUUUAGAUAUGCUAGACACAAAUAAUCCUGACCACAUAUGGAUGGUAUACAGCGGGGAAGCUGUAUUUCAUUUCCAAACUACAAUAUACACGUGGUGUGUGGAUUACUCGACCAAAUUGAAUAGGUGGCCUCGGGAUGAAUACAAUUGCUCAUUAGUAAUCCAAUCUUGGGACACAUCUGAGCAAAUAACCCUCAGUGUACCAAAAUUAGAAGAGAUGGAAGGCUUUACAGAUAUCGACGAUGUGAUACAAAACGAAUGGGAACUGGACAUACAACAGUACGUGAUAUCGGCGGAGGCCUGGAGAGACAUCGGCGACAUCAUCGGCACUGACGUAAACGACAGUAUGUCCACAAGUGAUAGGUUGUUCAUAACUAUGAAUCUCAAGAGAAGAGCUUCUUCGUAUAAUAUUGUGUUUUAUACGCCUUUAUUAGUGUUGGUAACAUUCGUUCUAAUGUCAUUUUGGUCGGAGCCGUUGAAAAUGGAACGCGUGUGGUUUUACGCGGGAACCACCAUCGUUAUUUGCAUGGGACUUUGUUAUAUCGACUAUUUAGUACCUUGUCAUACUGUUCCUACAAUAUUGGUAUUGUACACGACUGUACUUUUCGGUGCAAUAUUAGCUCUGUUCGUACACGUGCUGUUAAUGAUGGAAACGGCGGAUAAGAUUUGCAAUAAACCAUUCAUAAGUACUAUUUUACUACAUCGAUGGUUAAGAAUAUUAUUUUGUCUACCUGAAGUAAGGUUGUGCAGAAUCUAUGAAACUCUUGGGGAGAGUAACUUGGGUGAUGAAGAUCGUGAUUCAGGUGUUGGUCUCGCGCCGAGAUUGGGCAACUACGAGGAAAUGCAGUCUGAUAACGUGGAGUUCAAUCCACGACGUGAAAUAGCAGAAGUGUUCGAUAAGAUCAUGUUCUUUGUAUAUUCUAUAACUUUUUCUGUAAUGCUUAUUUUACAUUAUUAAUAUACAGUUUUUAGUUGAUAUUGA